AUGCUGCUGCCGCUGCUGCUGCUGCUGCUGCAGGGUGUUGUUGUGCUGUGCGACGUUGCGCAUGCAUCCUUUUUGUUGGAUCAGCAAGGCAAGGCUCACGACUACCUACACUCCAGCAGCGGCCCCUUCAGCGGCCGACCAGAGGAUGGAUGUUGGGAGGAAGAAUCAGAGGAUGACGAUGUGCUGCAGCAGAAGCAGAAGCAGCAGCAGCAGCAGCAAGUGCAGCAGCAGCAGCAAGUGCAGCAGCAAGUGCAGCAGCAGCAGCAAGUGCAGCAGCAGCAGCAGCAGCAGCAGCAGCAAGUGCAGCAGCAGCAGCAGCCAGUGCUGCGGCAUAACCGCAGAUGUAAGACAGUACCGGGGCAGCAGCAGACAGCAGACAUGCAGCAGCAAGCAACGAGACGGAGUCGAUCCCGCAGGUAUAGGACGCAGCAGCACCAGCAGCAGCAGCCGCAGCAGCUGCUGCAGCAGCAGCUGCUGCAGCAGCAGCUGCUGCAGCGGGGUGUACAAGCACCUCCAUCUAUACCACCAUGGCAGCAGCAGCGGCUGCAGCAGAAGCCGCUGCAGCAUUCGUUGAUCCCCCCUCCUCCCCCCCCACCAGCACCGUAUCAGCAGCAGCAGCAGCAGCAACACUACUUGCUGCUGCAGCAGCAGUAUAUACAGCAGCAGCAGCAGUACGUCCAGCAGCAGCAGCAACAGCAGCCACAGUAUGUGCAGCAGCAGCAGCAGAUACCCAGGCCACCGCAGCAGCAGCCGUACGCGCAGCAGCAGCAGCAGCAGCAGCAGCCGAACGUGCAGCAGCAGCCACAGCAGCAACCACACAUCCAGCAGCAGACUCAGACACAGCCACACACACAGCAGCAGCAGCAGCAGCAGCAGCAGCAGCAGCAGCAACACACCGCACACCAGCAGCAGCAGCAGCCAUAA